AUGCAAUUCUCCGAAUCCCAAAGCCGCUUUCUAGAUACUGUGCAGGGCGCUCUGCGUCGAUAUGACGCGCAGUUGAAAGAUAUCAACCAGAAGAUCUGGUCAAAUCCUGAGCUUGCAUAUGCAGAGUUCGAUGCACAUGAUCACAUUUGCGAGCUUUUCGACAAUCUUAAAUCUGAAGGAUAUUCAGUUACCCGCAAGGCAUAUGACCUCGAGACUGCUCUUGAGAUUGAGUAUACUCAAGGAACCGGGGGUCGCGUUGUGGCUUUCAACGCGGAAUAUGAUGCUCUACCUGGGAUCGGCCAUGCCUGCGGUCACAACCUUAUUGCGACCAGCUCGAUAGCAGCAUUUAUUGGCGCGUGCGAGGCCAUGAAAGCCCAGUUUCAGGAAUCUUCAGGCAAUGGGUUCACUCUCCGCCUCAUCGGCACUCCCGCAGAAGAAUCCGGUGGCGGUAAAGUUCGUCUCCUCAACAAAGGAGCCUAUAAGGGUGUCGAUGCCUGCCUUAUGGUCCACCCAGUUCCUAUGGUGCCGGGAAGCCCCGAACUGAUGGGUAUGGCCACCGUCGUGGAGGGUGGGUUCCUCGCCAAUGAUAAGGUCAAAGUGACUUUCACUGGUAAACCCGCACAUGCCGCUGCCGCGCCCUGGGAAGGCAUCAACGCACUGGACGCUGUGGUUUCGGCUUAUGUCAACAUUUCAAUGCUUCGCCAGCAGAUACUCCCGACACAGAAGAUUCACGGAGUGAUCGUUAAUGGUGGUGAUCGACCAAAUAUCAUUCCAAUGUCGGCGACUGUGGACUAUUAUAUUCGUUCUCCGACCGUCAAGUCACUUAAACCUCUGACUGAGAAGGUGGUGAAGUGUUUCGAGGCAGCCGCGACUGCGACUGGCUGCAAGGUUGAUUUUGAUUGGGGUAUCUCUUACGAUGACCUUAAAACCAAUCUACCGAUUUGUGAAAGCUACGUCUCUGUGAUGCGUGCUUUGGGCCACCAUACGUUGCUUGAUAAUUCGACACAGAAGAGCACAUUAGCCGGAGCCUCUACUGAUAUGGGCAAUGUUUCAUAUGCGGUUCCUGGGUUCCACGGCAUCUUCACGAUUCCCACCGAUGGUGUCAACCACACACCCCAGUUUACCAAGGGUGCUGGGUCCGAGGAAGGUUACAAGAGGGCCAUCGCUUGCGCAGCAGGAAUGGCUGUAGUAGCCUGUCAAGUUCUUGUUGACGAUAAAUUCGCCGAUGACGUGAAGAAGAACUUUGAUGAUAAUUAA